CGCAGACCACACAGCCUUCCAGAAACCAUGGGUGUCGCUAGACCCAGCUGGGACUCUGCCAGGCUCCGGUGCUCAGUCUAAGACAAAGGCCGCCUCUCAGCCCUGCUCUUCCUGCCUGUCAUGGCCACACUUGGAUGCUGCCUGCUUGUCUGGGGACACAGGGCACUAAGCCCCAGCCCUAAGAGGUUAAGCCGGGCCUUCUGGCUCCAUUCCACAGGGGCACUGCAGACCCCAGACUCCUUUCAGAGCAAGAGCAACUGAUGCCAUGGCAGAAACCCCUGCCCACCUGUCUUCUUGCCUGGCACUGCCCACUCCGAGACCUGUGCCCUUCUGGGUCCUCCUGCGGGUACCAACCCUGUGAGUCCCUCCCCAUCCCCUGACGUGGAGAAGGUCCUGUCCACCCCUACCAUGUGUGAGGUGAUGCCCACAAUCAAUGAGGGGGACCCUUUGGGGCCCCCCCAUGGCGCCGAUGCUGACGCCAACUUUGAGCAGCUGAUGGUGAACAUGCUGGAUGAGCGGGAGAAGUUGCUGGAAUCCCUUCGAGAGAGUCAGGAAACCUUGGCAGCCACGCAGAGCCGGCUCCAGGAUGCCCUGCAUGAGCGGGACCAGCUCCAGCGCCACCUUAACUCUGCCCUCCCUCAGGAAUUUGCUACCUUAACCCGGGAGCUGAGCAUGUGUCGGGAACAGCUUCUAGAGCGGGAGGAAGAGAUUUCGGAGCUGAAAGCAGAACGGAAUAACACAAGGUUGCUUCUGGAACAUCUGGAGUGCCUGGUAUCUCGCCAUGAGCGGUCACUGCGGAUGACUGUGGUGAAGCGCCAGGCCCAGUCACCUUCGGGGGUCUCUAGUGAGGUGGAGGUGCUAAAGGCCCUCAAGUCGCUGUUUGAGCACCACAAGGCCCUGGAUGAGAAGGUGCGAGAGCGGCUCCGGGCAGCACUGGAAAGAGUUACCACCUUGGAGGAGCAACUGGCAGGAGCCCACCAGCAGGUGUCUGCCCUGCAGCAGGGCGCAGGGGUUCGGGAUGGAGUGGCAGAAGAGGAGGGGACUGUGGAGUUGGGACCAAAACGCUUAUGGAAGGAUGACACGGGCCGGGUGGAGGAGCUACAGGAGCUCCUGGAGAAGCAAAACUUCGAGUUGAGCCAGGCUCGGGAGAGACUGGUCACUCUGACAGCAGCCGUGACUGAACUGGAAGAGGACCUGGGCAUAGCCCGUCGGGACCUUAUUAAGUCAGAGGAGAUGAGCAACAAGCAUCAGCGGGACCUCCGGGAGGCUCUGGCCCAGAAGGAAGACAUGGAGGAGCGAAUUACCACGCUGGAGAAGCGCUAUCUGGCUGCUCAGCGUGAGGCCACAUCCAUCCAUGACCUUAAUGACAAGUUGGAGAAUGAACUGGCCAACAAGGAGUCCCUGCACCGCCAGUGUGAAGAGAAGGCCCGUCACCUACAGGAGCUGUUGGAGGUGGCAGAGCAGAAGCUGCAGCAGACAAUGCGCAAGGCAGAGACUCUGCCAGAGGUGGAGGCUGAGCUGGCCCAGAGAAUUGCCGCUCUCACCAAGGCUGAGGAGCGGCACGGCAACAUUGAGGAGCACCUGCGGCAGCUGGAAGGGCAGCUAGAGGAGAAGAACCAGGAGCUGGCAAGGGUGCGCCAGCGGGAGAAGAUGAAUGAAGACCACAACAAGCGGCUGUCAGACACUGUGGAUCGGUUGCUCAGUGAGUCCAAUGAACGCCUGCAGCUCCACCUCAAGGAGCGUAUGGCCGCCCUGGAGGAGAAGGGCCGCCUGUCUGAAGAGAUUGAGAAGCUGCGCCAAGAGGUGGACCAGCUGAAGGGUCGAGGGGGGCCGUUUGUGGAUGGCAUCCACUCCAGGUCUCAUGUGGGCAGUGCGGCAGACCUGCGCUUCUCCCUGAGCACAACCACCCACGCACCCCCAGGCCUGCAUCGACUCUACUCGGCACUGAGGGACGAGUCUGCCAAGGACUGGGAGUCAUCACCACUGCCUGGGGUGCUGGCCCCCAAAGCCACGCCUGCCUUUGACAGCGACCCUGAGAUCUCCGAUGUGGAUGAGGAGGAACGAGGGGGGUUGGUGGGUGCUGUGGAUAUUGUCUCCCCCAGUGGCCACUCGGAUGCCCAGACCCUGGCCAUGAUGCUACAGGAGCAACUGGACGCAAUCAACGAAGAGAUCAGGAUGAUCCAGGAAGAGAAGGAGUCCACAGAGCUGCGUGCAGAGGAGAUCGAGACACGCGUGACCAGUGGCAGCAUGGAGGCGCUAAACCUGACACAGCUGCGCAAGCGCGGUUCCAUUCCCACCUCUCUGACCGCCCUGUCCCUGGCCAGUGCAUCCCCACCACUCAGCGGCCGCUCCACACCAAAGCUCACCUCCCGCAGUGCCGCCCAGGACCUGGAUCGAAUGGGGGUCAUGACCCUGCCCAGUGACUUAAGAAAGCAUAGGAGGAAGCUGCUGUCGCCAGUGUCUCGGGAAGAGAACCGAGAGGAUAAAGCCACCAUAAAAUGUGAGACUUCUCCUCCUUCCUCACCCAGGACGCUGCGGCUAGAGAAGCUUGGCCACCCAGCCCUGAGCCAGGAAGAAGGCAAGAGUGCCUUGGAGGAUCAAGGCAGCAACCCCAGCAGCAGCAACAGCAGCCAGGACUCCUUGCACAAAGGCGCCAAGCGCAAGGGCAUCAAGUCGUCCAUUGGCCGCCUGUUUGGGAAGAAGGAGAAAGGGAGGCUGAUCCAGCUGAGUCGGGAUGGAGCCACAGGCCAUGUUCUAUUGACAGACUCCGAGCUUAGUCUUCAGGAACCUCUGGUCCCUGCCAAGCUGGGGACCCAAGCAGAAAAGGACCGACGACUAAAGAAGAAACACCAGCUGCUUGAAGAUGCCCGCAGGAAAGGCAUGCCCUUUGCCCAGUGGGAUGGCCCUACUGUGGUCUCCUGGUUGGAGCUCUGGGUAGGAAUGCCUGCCUGGUACGUGGCAGCCUGCCGGGCCAAUGUCAAGAGUGGUGCCAUCAUGUCUGCCCUGUCAGACACAGAGAUCCAGCGAGAGAUUGGCAUCAGCAAUGCCCUGCACCGGCUCAAGCUACGGCUGGCCAUCCAGGAGAUGGUGUCCCUGACCAGCCCCUCUGCCCCGCCCACCUCCAGGACUUCUUCUGGGAAUGUCUGGGUCACCCAUGAAGAGAUGGAAACUCUGGCAACAUCCACCAAAACAGACAGUGAGGAGGGCAGCUGGGCCCAGACCCUGGCCUAUGGAGACAUGAACCAUGAGUGGAUUGGGAAUGAAUGGCUGCCCAGUCUUGGGCUCCCUCAGUACCGCAGCUACUUCAUGGAGUGCCUGGUGGAUGCACGCAUGCUGGAUCACCUCACCAAGAAAGACCUGCGGGUCCACCUGAAGAUGGUGGACAGCUUCCAUCGAACCAGCCUUCAGUAUGGCAUCAUGUGUCUGAAGAGGCUAAAUUAUGACCGGAAGGAGUUGGAGAAGAGGCGGGAGGAGAGUCAGCACGAGAUCAAGGAUGUGCUGGUCUGGACCAAUGACCAGGUUGUUCACUGGGUCCAGUCUAUUGGGCUUCGGGAUUAUGCAGGAAACCUGCAUGAAAGUGGGGUCCAUGGCGCCUUGCUGGCCCUGGAUGAGAACUUUGAUCACAACACAUUGGCCUUGGUCCUCCAGAUUCCCACGCAGAACACCCAGGCCCGCCAGGUGAUGGAAAGAGAGUUCAAUAACCUUUUGGCAUUGGGCACAGACCGGAAGCUGGAUGACGGGGAAGACAAAGUGUUCCGCCGCGCCCCGUCUUGGAGGAAACGCUUCCGGCCGCGGGACCACCACAGCGGGGGCAUGCUGGGCACGUCGGCCGAGACCCUCCCGGCGGGCUUCCGAGUGUCCACGCUGGGUCCCCUGCAGCCCCCGCCCGCCCCACCCAAGAAGAUCCUUCCGGAAGCUCGCUCCCACUAUCUCUACGGACACAUGCUCUCCGCCUUCCGGGACUAGCCACGGCCUGGGCUGCCUGGCAUCUCCCGGGUUCCCAGGCUCAGCCGGCCCCCGGCCCCUCCUGCUCGCUCCCCUUCUUCCACGCCGCCCAGUCUCGUCCUUCUGUGACUGUCCAGUUGUUCUGGAUCUCAGAGUUAUCCCCCACCACCCCCCACCCGGGCCCCGGGCAUCCCAC